GGCUCGGGGGCAGGUGAGGCAGGGAAGCUACUUGCCCAGUUCCGGGGGUGCAGCAUCCAGGACCGACCCCCAUGCACCCCAGAACCCUUUCUCAGCUCCUCCAGUCUUGCCUCUGGGAAUGUCACCCCCCAGGACCAGGGGUCCCCCAGGCACCUCCACGUCACCCCCCGCACCAGGAGCCGCCUGCAGGCCUGUGCCCGGCGCUUCAGCCCCUCCUCUUCCUCCUCCCUCUUUGACGAGACCUUGGAGAUGCCCCGAAGGCCCCCCAGGCUCAGAGCACCUCGGGGUGUCCCCAGGGGCCCUGCCACCACCUCAGGGCACUGUGUCACCCUGCAGGGGGAGGACGGAGAGGGGACAGGCUCUUUGGAUGACACUGAGAUCCUCCCCAGAGCCCCCAGCCAGCCCAGCUCGCCCUCAGGGGCCAGCAGCUCCUCCAGCCCCACGGUCCUGCUGGCUCCUGGGGACCACCAGCACCCCCAGGCCUCUCCAUCACAUGCUCAGGGCUCCCCCAGCUCCAGUCCCUCUCUCCUCCUGCCCCCCAGGGACCAGCAUCCUCACCCCCAGCCCUCCCCAUCACAUGCUCAGGACUCCUCCAGUUCCAGUCCCUCUCUCCUCCUGCUCCCCAGGGACCAGCACCCCCAGCCCUCCCCAUCACAUGCUCAGGGCUCCUCCGGUCCCACGGUGCUGCUGGUGCCUGCGGUCCAGGACCCCCAGUCAGAAGCUGCAGGCUCCAUCCAUGCUGCUGGCAGCGCCAACCUCAGGGUGCUGGAGGGUGGCUCUGGGUGGCAGGACCCCUCACCCUUAGGGACACAGCAGUCCCCGUGGCCCCACGGCACCUUUGGCCACCUCUCUGCCCCACAUGCUCUGGGCAGCACCGCGGCGGCAGGAGGGGGGAGCUCGGCCGCGCUGCUGUCCCCCCCCAGCCGCAGCUCUGAGGAGCAGCGACAGGCACCCACCGAGCAGCACAGCCCUGGCACGGAGCCCACCGCCAGCCGCAGGGAUGCCCAGGACGAACAGGCGUGCCCGGUGCCACCACGGCGCCUGUCGGACGCAGCUCUGCGGCGGCGGCUGCGGGCGCUGGGGGACACCCCCGGUCCCAUCACCGAGCUCACCCGGGGGCUCUACCUGCGGCGCCUGCAGCGGCUGACGAGGGCACCCGGGGGGCAUCGGGCAGCACGGUCACCGCAGGCAGGGCACAGCCCCGAGCUGGUGGCUGCCCUGAGGACUGGGCAGGUCCCCGACUGCACCCAGGACGAGCUGCUGCUGGCACAGCAGUUUGACCACCCCGAGCGCAGCUGGCACUGGCGGGAAGGGCUGGCAAAGUCCAGCUUCAACUACCUCCUCCUGGACCCCAGGACCACCCAGAACCUGCCGCUCCGCUCCCACUGCCUGAGCCCAGCUGAGUGCUUCAGGACCUUCAUCAAAGCCAUCUUCUACGUGGGCAAGGGCACCCGUGCCAGGCCCUACUGCCACCUCACCGCCGCACUGAGCCAGCACCGCGCCGGGACCCAGAGGGGCUGCCCCAAGGUGCGGCGCAUCCUGGAGAUCUGGGCCGGCGGGCAGGGGGUGGUGUCCCUGCACUGCUUCCAGAGCAGCGUCCCGGCGGAGGCUUACACCCGGGAGAGCUGCCUCGUGGAGGCUCUGGGGCUGCAGACCAUCACGAACCAGCGGCAGGGGCACAGCUACGGGCUGGCUGCCCGCUGGUCCGGGGAGCGGCGCCGGCGCCUGGGGGUCCACCUGCUGCACAGGGCCAUGAGGAUCUUCCUGGCCGAGGGCGAGCGGCAGCUGCGACCCUCAGACAUCCAGGGUGGGCGCUGAGCGCCCUGAGGGGUGGCGAUGGGGUGCUGGGGUGCACCCCCGGCCCUGCCUGCACUGCCUCGCCGAGGAGGUGGCUGCAGAGCCCGGGGGCAGGUUGGAUGUCGGUGACCACCGGCCAGGAGUGCUCUGCUGUCCUGGCUCCCUAAAGGCUGAUUAAAGAUAUCCUUCCCUUCGG